AUGACGGAGAAAGGUUCCAAGCUCCCUCAAUUCCUGGCUGGUAUAGCGGCUAGUUUAUCUGUCGUCGCGGCUGGUGCGGCUGGAGCGUGGACGAGUCCGGUCCUACCCCAAUUAUUAAAGGAUGGUGGACCUUUGGGGUCACCGAUCAGCAGCGAGCAGAGUUCUUGGAUAGGAUCUCUGGCGUCCAUCGGUGCUAUCUUCGGCACCUCCGUGGCUGGAUAUCUCGCAGACAGAUGGGGCCGUAAACGAACAUUGCUAUCUUCUCUGGUGCCAUUUAUAAUUGGAUGGACACUUGUCGCCACUGCACAUCACGUCGCACAGCUUUAUGUCGCUCGAUUUAUAUUUGGAUUGAAUUUAGCUAUCACGUUUACAAUCCUUCCUAUGUAUUGUUGCGAAAUCGCUGAGACUUCUAUCAGGGGAGCGUUGGGUUCUUUUCUUGCGCUUUUCAACGCGACCGGCAUCCUAUAUUCUUACAUUGUAGGACCGUUCGUCAGUUACGUGGUCUUGUGGAUUCUCUGUGCCAUCCUGCCGGUGAUCUUCUUCGUCUGCUUCAUGAUGAUGCCGGAGUCUCCGUAUUUCCUUCUCAGCCAGGGCCGCAGAGAAGAGGCAAUCGCAUCACUAGCGAGACUUCGAAGCAAAUCCAAAGCGGCUGUCCAGAAGGAGGCUGACGAAAUACAGGUUACACUUGACGAGGCUUUCAAAAAUCAAGCCAGGAUCUCGGAUUUGUUUCGAGUAAAAGUGAACUUAAAGGCGCUGAUUUACACGUGCUCCAUGAUUUCCUUGCAGCAGCUUAUCGGCAUCAGUGUCGUGCUGGUGUAUAUACAUAAUAUCUUUAUCGCUGCCGGAGGUCUUGUCUCAUCGGAGAUAGCGCCGAUUGUCGUCGGAGUCGUGCAUCUGUUAGGGUCAAUGGUGACACCCUUUGUUGUCGACAGAUCAGGUAGAAAGAGUCUCCUUAUUUUUUCUGGAAUUGGAGUGUUAAUCAGUACGUGUGCUCUGGGUUUGUAUUUCUAUCUGAAGGAGGUACAGCACGCGGAUGACGUGAUAGAGCAGAUAUCCUGGUUGCCGAUGGUCGCGCUUAUCGUCUACAUUGCCACGUACAGCGUAGGCUGGGGUCCGAUUCCAUGGGCAUUGAUGGGUGAGAUGUUCGCUUCGAACAUCAAGGCUAAAGGUUCUAGUAUAACUGUUUUCUUUAGCGAAGGCUUGAGCUUCAUCAUGAUCAAGUUCUCCGUCAAUCUUGAAGAAGCUUUCAAUGGCAAGUACGUGAUCUUCUGGAUAUUCGGAGGUUUCUGCAUCAUUGGUAUCUUUUUCACGGUAAUGCUGUUGCCUGAAACAAAAGGCAAGACUCUUAAGCAAAUCCAAGAUGAACUCAAUGGAGUGACUUCAACUAUAAACGUCGAAAAUAGGACAAAGAAGUGAAGAGAAAACGCUCGCGUUCGAUCAUCUUGACGAAUGGUAUAUGUUGAAUACCUGAUGAAUUCGCGAGACACUUUGAAGUGAUUAGAUAUUUGUAAAAAAUGCGUAGGGUAAAGUUUUAUAACAUCUGUGGAUUUGCUAUCAUUAUACAGUAGAGAAGAAUCAUGCAGAGAAAUGCGGAUAAUAUAUGUGCCUAUA